AUGAUUCUAGAAGCUGUAAAUUUUGGGGGCGAGUCUGUGAAGGGGCAGGAGAUGCAGCCAAGGGGCGAGAGGCGGGGGGACGGAGCUGGGUCUCAGCCCAAUCCGUCAGUGAUGAGCAGCGAACCCGAGCUGCUGUUGCCGUUGAUGUCCUGCCGUCCCUACUGCAACUUCUGCCAGCAGAAGCUCGUCAAGAAGCCACAGGCUGAGAAAGCCUUUCGGGAGGAGAUUCAGAGCUUUCAGGAGACAAUGAAGAGCUUUCGGGAGAAGAUCAAGGGCUUUGGAAAAAAAAAAAUCAGAGAUUUCAAGGCGGCCAUCCAAGCCUUCUGGGAAGAGGAAAAGCCCACUUGGGAGGAGGAAGCUGCCUUUUGGGAGGAAAAAAAGGCUAUUCAGGAGGAAGCAGAAGCCUUCUGGAGGGUGCAUGGUGACUUCUGGAAGGACUGCAAUGCUUUCUGGAAGAAGGAUAAGGAUUUCUGGAAAGAAGGUCAGCUCCUCUGGGAGAAAGACGGAGUCCUUCUGGAUGAGGACAGAGUCCUAUGGGCAGAAGAAGCAGCUCGCGCAGAUGAAAGGGCUCUCCUGGACGAGGAGAGAGCUCGCUGGGAAGAUGAGGAGGCCCUCCAGGAAGACGAAAACAGCGUGUGGGAAAAGACGCGAGCUGGAGGGAAAGUUGGCAGCAGGUCCCUCAGCAAGGGGGAAAUAAAUUUAGCAGUGUGA